CGCCAUGGCCUUCCAGUUCUUUGCCAUCCUUGCGCUCGUUGCCGCCGUCAGCGCCGGAGUUCUGCCCGUCCAGCAGGUGUAUCAUGCUGCACCGGCUCCAGCUGUCGCCUAUGCUCAUGGCCCAGUGGCCGUGGCCCAUGCCCAGCCCGUUCUGGCCAAGCAGGACGAUGAGUACGAUCCCCAUCCCCAGUACAAGUUCGCCUAUGAUGUGCAGGAUGCCCUUUCCGGUGACUCCAAGAGCCAGGUGGAGGAGCGCGACGGUGAUGUGGUCCAUGGCGAGUACUCGCUGGUGGAUGCCGAUGGCUUCAAGCGCAUCGUUCAGUACACCUCUGAUCCAGUCAAUGGCUUCAACGCUGUUGUCAACCGUGUGCCCCUCGAUCAUGCGAAGACCGUUGUCAAGACUGUUGCUGCCGCUCCAGUGCCCCUUUCCUACCAUCAGCUCCACUAA